AUGGUGUUCUGGACUCUGAAACCCCCGGCACUCGCUGAGCCACUGUGGCUGUACCCCUUCUGCAACGGUCAUUCAAUCACAAAUUACUCAUCGGUCGAUCUACAUACCGUUCCUGAUAUGGGCCCGAAACAAAAAGGUGGUGCGGCGAAGAGGGGAAAUGCCACGGAGGAGGUAGAGGAGACAUUGCAGGCUGUUGUGCUUGCGGAUACUUUUGAGACGAGGUUCGAGCCGUUCACACUUGAGAAGCCUAGGUGUCUCUUGCCGCUUGCGAACACUCCCUUGAUUGAAUAUACGCUCGAGUUCCUUGCCAAUGCCGGUGUGGAGGAUGUCUUCCUGUACGGCGGAGCGCACUCCGAUCAGCUGGAGAAAUACAUCAAUGCGUCCAAAUGGAGAGCGCCGUCGUCGCCUUUCAAGCAGCUGACUUUCCUCAAGUCGACGUCGACGUCGGUUGGAGAUGUCAUGCGUGAUCUUGAUGGCAAGCAUCUCAUCACGGGCGACUUCAUUGUUGUCAGCGGUGAUGUUAUCAGCAACUUGCCCAUCGAAGGCGCGCUAACUAAGCACCGUGCUCGCCGUGAAGCGGACAAGAACGCCAUCAUGACCAUGAUCUUGAGAGAGGCUGGCCGGAACCACAGAACUAAGUCCUCGUCUGUGUCCCCUGUUUUCGUUAUCGACCCCACCAAGGACCGUUGCCUACACUACGAGGAGAUCGACCAUCAUUCCCCCGAGUCUUCUCGCCUGAACAUCGACGCGGAACUCAUUACGACACACCAGGAGAUUGACCUGCGCCAGGAUCUGAUCGACUGUAACAUCGAUAUCUGCACACCCGAUGUGCUGAGUCUCUGGUCCGACAGUUUCGAUUACCAGACGCCCCGCAAGCAGUUCUUGUACGGUGUGCUGAAGGACUACGAGUUGAACGGAAAGACAAUCCACACACACAUUGUUAAGGACCACUACGCUGCCCGGGUCCGGAAUCUGAAGGCGUACGACGCUGUCAGCAAGGAUGUCAUUUCGCGGUGGGCGUACCCUCUGUGCCCCGACACCAACCUGCUUCGCGGCCACAACUACGAGCUUCGGAAGGGAAGCCUGUACCAAGAGCAGGGUGUGACUCUGGCCCGCUCGUGCGUGAUCGGUCGGCGCACGGUCAUCGGCCAGGGCACCAGCAUUGGAGACAAGACGACGGUCAAGAACACUGUUCUCGGACGCGACUGCAAGAUCGGCAAGAACGUCACGCUGGAUGGUGCUUAUAUCUGGGAUGGCGCUGUCAUCGGCGAUGGAACGACUGUCAACCAAGCCAUUGUUGCUGACCGGGCAGUGGUGGGCAAGAACUGCACCAUUGAGCCUGGCUCUCUGAUUUCAUUUGGUGUCGAGAUCGCCGAUGGUGUCAAGGUUAGCGACGGAAGACGCAUAACGACAGCCUACCGGGAGGAGGACGAUGAGGUGCCGGCCAGUGAGCCCGAGGUUGUUGGAGAAGGCGGCAAGGGAUAUGAGUACGUUCCUUAUGAUGACGAUGAGGACGAAGAUGAGACGGCCAGCAAUGCUUCGUCUGGUUUGAUUUACAAUAUGGCGAACCUGUCUCUCUCUACAGAGUCUAUCUCGACGCUUUCCUCCGAGAUCUCAGAAUUCGGCCGGUCUCGUUCGGGUAGUUUCAGUACUACAAUGUCCGACGACGAGGACCAGGACCACUUUGUCCACGAUGCCGCGGCGAGUGUCUACGACAGCUUGCGGGAUGGCGUCACAUCCGACGUGGUACAACUGGAGCUGGUCAGUCUGCGUAUGACGGCGAACGCUUCCGACCACCAGGUCCGACGAGCCGUGGUCUCGGCGUUCAUGAAGCGCAUCCAGCAAUUGAUGGACGGCGGCAAGGGAGCGAGCGAGGCCAUUCGAGAGAUUUUCGGCAAGUACAAGGAGAUUGUGGAGCGGUCACUGUUCGAUCGCGACAGCGACGAGAAGCCCGAUCAAGUGGACUUGCUGGUCCUCCUGCAGCAGGACCUGGCGCACCGCAGCCGUGGUGACACGGUCAUGCUGUUCACGGCCAAGGAGCUGUACGACCUGGAGAUCGUGGAGGAAGAAGCUUAUGAGCAGUGGUGGGCCGAUGAGCGGUCGAGCAGCACGGAGGAAAUGCGGCAAGUGCGCAGCCAGUCGCAGCAGUUUGUGGACUGGUUGGCCAAUGCGGAAGAAGAGGAGAGCAGCGAGGAGGAAGAAGAGAGUGAUGAAGAUGAUGAGUAG